UACUUUCUGCUGGUGCAUCCAUUAGCCACCUUCAAUUACCAGAUGAAAGUCUGUGUAUUUAUUAUUAUAAAUGCAAUAUUUUCCUUUGGAUGGGCAAUGUCUAGUUAUAUCCGCUGCUCCACACUGAUGAUAUUGCUGCUUAUCCUAACCCAAAGGACUGGUGCACUAACGACUGCCAUUGCUAUGAAAGCAAUCACCGGUGGCCCUGUUCCCAAUUUGAUGCAAAAUGUAGAGGCCCUGGUAAUGAGCUUUGAAUGUACAGGAGAGAUGACCCUCAACCACACGAAGAUGAUGUACACUUCAAUGAUGGAACCUGUAAAGAAGAUAUUUGAUCAGUUGCUGAAAAGAUCAUCGAAUUUGACAAAUGACACAAAAGAAAUAACCAAUGAUUUCAAAGAGAUAGAGGAAGAAGUUAAAAGCACUGAGGGAUAUGAUAAUGUAAGAGAACAAGAACUGAUAAGAGAAGAAACUGAGAGGAACAAAACAUUAAAAAUAAAUACUCAGAAGAAAUUUAGCCUGAAGACUUUCUUGCGCUGUGAGAGUCUCUUCGAAAUGGGCAUUGGCAAAUGUCAUGAAUGGUUUGACAAGAAAUAUGAUGACUGCAUGCAAACUAUAAUGUUACCUGUUCUCAAUCAUGCAUUGUGCUGGCCCAUGAAAUUAAAAUUUGUCUGCGGUGCUUUAAAUUGGUUUCUGCCAAUGUGCAAGAAGCACCUUCGUAUCGACCCAAAGUUUGGAGAUGUCUAUGACAACAUCAGUGAGGCUAUUGGCACAUUCAAGCAGAAUGUCACUAUAAAUGUUCAAAUUACAUUUAGAAACAAAACCUUAUUUGAUACGACUUUGAAGAACGUCAAGAAAAAUGUAACAGAAACAGUUGAAGGGACAGAAACACUUUCUCAGAAAGGUGUAAAACUUUUAAAGUUAGUUUUGUCUCUUCUCUUCCUCCAAUACUUUAGGAAUGCUUUUGGCUAUGUAAGCAAAUACAAUUCAGAUCUGCGGCAUGACAAUGUGUACAUAACAACGUACUUCAGAGAGAUCGAUGCUCGCAGGAGGAAGCAGGGAAAAAGGCACCUUCUACCGCUGAAAAAAGGAGAACGUGCUGAUUUAAUCUUCCCACUAAAGUUUGCCCUCCAGGGGCCAGAGAUGAAAGCAUUGGUUGGCGCUAUGAUAAAGAGCGUCCCAUUAAUUGCUAUUUGUCUCCUUAUAUUUGCACUGGAUUUGGGUGUGCAGAAUAUGAUGGAUAUUACUAACAAGCACUCCCAUAUUGAAUUCAACUUUGCCUUUAAACACAAUCUAGAAGUGAUUGUCGGUGGGACCGGAUUCCUGGCAAGAUUUCUCCGUAACACAAUUGGAAAUAUCAAUACAUCCUCUAAUGCGCUUCAUGUUACGGAUAAUACAGUUUGUCUGCCACAACCCAUUCGCCUGACUGCUGAGCAGUAUAUCGGCACUUGCCUGCUAUUGGCUGUGACACUGAUACUUCCAGUUUUCAAGGUAUACACGAGCCGACUCCGUAGGGUCCUGGCUGCUUACUUUUUCCCUAAGACUGAGAAACGGCGAAUUCUCCACCUCUAUAAUGAGUUACUGAGGUACAGGGAACUGUAUUUAAAUAUAAAGAGGAAGAACUUGAUGAUCACUGCCAACCAACACAGAAACUUUAUGAUGUCUAUACCUGGAAUGCUAUUCCGACAAAUGAAAUGGCUGAGAUUUAUUAUAAAGCGACGCUGCUUGGUUUGUAAUGCCAAGGAAACCAAAACCUCUUAUAUUUGCAAGACAUCAAACUGCGACACAAUCUACUGCCUCGACUGCUGGAAGGAGAUAAAGAAAUGCUGCUUUGUUUGCUUACCAGAUGAUUUGAUUGCAAAUUAUGCCUGUGAUGAGGACUAAUUCUACAGAUCUGCCUAUUUAGUCUAUAAGGAUCUAAAGAGAGAAAUGAGCAAGUCAGACUGAUCAAGCAGUUUAAGUUACUCUAUAUGAAUGGCUCACUGAUUCGCAGACCCUGAUAGGGAAGGGACUUAAAUGGAAGUGGGCAGGGUCUGGCGGAUCAGGGCGUCUGGCCUAAGUUAAUGUCAUCUGUGCUGAUCAGUUACGAUUAGGAUAGCAAUAUAGUACAUCUUGUAUGAAGCAAGUGAAUGAAUUACUGAAGACAAUUCACAGAUGGCAAAGUCAGACUUACAGAAAAUUUAGGCAUCAGAAAUAUAAAUCAGAAAGCAGAACUUGUCAACUGAACCCUGCCAAGGAUGCAAAAGUAUAGAGAUCCUUUUGGUGGGUCUAUUGAUUCCUCUACCCUUGUAGUCCAGAAGCUGAAGGGUGGUGGAUAAAGGGACCCCCCUAGCCUUGCUGCAAAGGGAGGUCUGAAGACCUUUGCCACAUAAAGUCCUACUGGACUGGAAGGAUCAAGGAUAAAGGGACCCCCCCCUAGCCUUGCAGCAAAGGGAGGUCUGAAGACCUUUGCCACGUAAAAUCCUACUAGCCUGGAAGGGCCAGGAAUAAAGGGGCACAGCCUAGUUUUCGGACAACGUUGUGCCUGAAGAUUUCUUCAUCUUUGUGGGGGGCCUUUUGGCCCAGGGAAUAACAUUUUCCCAUACCUAUGAUUUAAUAAACUUUUCUUAGGAAA